UUGUACUAAAAAGAGAUGGCGGGAUUGUAUUCACAGCCCAGCAGCCCCAACGAUUACUGCUUCGACGUGGACAAUGACAUGGCCAACGAGUUCAAGCUGGAGCUGGUGGAGAAGCUUUUCGCCAUCGACCCGGAUUCGAAGAACCCCUUCUCUAUCCAGGAAACAGAUUUAGACUUGGAAAUGUUAGCACCCUACAUCCCAAUGGACGACGACUUCCAGCUACGUUCCUUUGACCAGCUUUCUCCACUGGAGAGCAGUUCGGCAAACCCUCCUUCCAACGUUGCCAACCCUGUCCUAUUUAAGACUCCUGUGUUGCCAUCUGCUGCCACAGACGAGAUAAAGCCUGCACCCACCAAACAUCUGGACGACUCAAAGACUCUUGUUCCUCCAGUUCCAGUCACUGUAGAAAAGAUCAGCCCCCCAGCCUCACCGUACGGCAAAAGUCCAAGCCGAACAGCGUCACCAGUCAGGACGGGGAAAGGCAUGGUAGAGCAGAAAGGGAAAUCAAGUCCGGGAACCCCAAACUUAUUAACAGUCACGUUGGGUAAAAGUAAAUCAACCGCCACAAAUGAAGACCUCCAUCCAAAGAUCAUAGCUCUGCAUAACAUCCAGAGGAAAAGGAAGAUGGAGCAGGACAGUUUGCUUUUCCAAGCAGUGGGGAUUGGUGCUUUGCUGGCGCAGUCGAACGGCCCCGGAGCGAACGUGUCUCUGGCUUGGAAGCGUCUAAAAGGGUGCCGGUCGCACGGACAGAAAGGCGUGGCAGAGAAGACUGUGAUUUUGCUGCCGUCUGAUAUAGCCAGCAAGCUUCUAGGGCCGUCAAUGGACGAGAAGGGGCUCCCGCAGCUAACCAGCUACGACUGUGAAGUGAACGCUCCGAUCCAAGGCAACCGAAACCUGCUACAGGGCGAAGACCUCCUGAAAGCGCUAGAUCAAGUCAACUGAGCCCCCCUCCCCGGCCCCCCGCACCGUUAUCGUUCCGUUUUAUUGGACGCUGGUGACUCACCACCUAAAAAAAAAGCUGUCUAUUUAUAUUUUCUAUAUCUGAUUUUAGAAGCCUGGCUACAAAAUACUGCACUAAUUCAGUUAGUUCGGUUAGGAUCCCGUUUCCACUUUGGAGUCUUUCUUCUUUUAUCUUCCCAAAAUGUAUCCUUUACCUAAAAGAGCAGUUAACUCCUCAAACUGCGUUUUCGUAAUCAAACCUUUGGUACCGAAGCGUGGGGAAAUUCGGGACAGUUUUUAGAACACGCGUGCAAUUUUGCCGCUUUUUACGUAGGCACCUUUUUAAUUAUUAUUUAUUUUUUUAUUUUUUUGGACCGGGAGUUUGUUACCGAGAAGAUAUUCCACUGGUGAAACAGGCACAGCUUUUUUUAACCCGUGGGUCUGUAGGCAAGUUGAAAAAAACGACUUGCAAUUUGUAGCUCUACGCUGUCUGGAUAAAUUUUUACUUCUUUUACUUUUUUUAAAGAAGGAGAAAAAAAAAUAUGACUAAACAUUGCUUUGCUGCAGUGCAUUUGUAGCCACAAUCGCACAAUAUAUUUUCUUAAGAAAAAAAAAUUAAAAAAUAUAAAAUACCAGCGAGUUCCUCACGCGAUAUAUUCUGCGUUUGUAAAGCUAGUUUUUCAAGGCGAACAAUCUUCUGAUUUUUUCUCUCUCUUCCUUUCUGUUCCUUCCCGUUGAGUUUAUUGCUUGUCGCGAUUUUUGUAGUGAUGCUACCGUUUCAGUAACGUCGUGCUAUAAAAGAGUUCUUAAAUGCCGUGUUUGAUGUCCAAGUGUGGCUGGACAAAAAAAAAAUACAAGGAAAGGCUUCGUCUUGAGGAGCUAGCGGCGUUUGGGGAUUUUUUAGUUCAUCCUUCAAAAAUAAAAGAUGCCUCAAAGCGUUUAUAUGUGGUGUGAAGAAAGAAAUUAUAAUGCCAGAAUUCGGACUCGUCUAUUGAAAUCAAUUGUCAAGAGAUGAAUGUAAGGACUUUUUACACAAGGCAUUAAAUAAUUGUCACUGGGGAAGGGUUAGGCAUGCUCAUGGCUGUGGCAGUUGGCCACAGUGGCAAAUAAAUGCCUCCGUUUUCAGAGGCAGUGCCCUUCCACAUAAGCUGAGUCCCUGGGGACGGAAUAACAAGGGAAGGAUUUCCCUUCAUAUCCUGGUGUCAGGGUUUUUUGAAGCAUCAGGCCAGCCAUCUUGGAAAAGAAGAUGCUGGAUUGGAUGAUCCACCAGGGCUCUUCCUGUUUAUCUGGGUAUGUUCCCCUUUCAACAAAAGACAAGUGUCUUCAAAAUUGUUACUGAAAUAGCCUCUUUGCCAGUGCAAAGAGAGAGAGAGAGAAAUAAUCCCCUCCCCCCUGCUUAUAGCUGUGAAAGUUCAUGCUGAAAACUGUGUAUCUGAUAACUGAAUCUUGAAUGUUUCCAGUUAAACAUUGUCUGGUAGAGGUGAUAUUUGAAGCCAAUUGUAAAACAUCCCUUUCCUUGCUAGAAGAGUUGCCUCAUGCAACAUUGAGUUACUCCGUGAUAUAUGAUGUUUUGGGUUUUAUGCACCUUGUCGCUAUUAAUAUCUGUAUAUUUUUUUUUGUUAACCAUAGAUUUCCGUAGUGCUGAAUAUAUUUUAGGAACCUUUUUUAAAAAAAAAAAAUUAGGGAAUAUGACACAAAACAUUUUGAUUUCCUUCGUUGUGCUGGACAAUAUUCCCUCCCUGCCCCGUUCUUUCUCAUUCUUUUUUUGUGGUUGGAUCUAACACUAACUGUAUUGUUUUAUUACAUAAAUAAACUAUACGUGGACCAGGCCUGCAA